GCGGCCUCGGGAUCGGCUGGAUGGAAGGAGGGCUGAGGCAGGUGACACCUGCGGUGGGAGCGGAGCGUGUGGGGAACCCCCCCUCCGAUAAGGGGGGUGCGGAUCGAUCCGAAGAGUGUUUUAGGAAAAUUGAGCCAUGCUCUCCUGGUUGUAUCUAGAGAAGGAGCAAGAAGCAACAGGCACAAGCUGAAAUACCAGAAAUUCAGUUUAGAGUGAGAGGGAAAAUGGCUGGAAAAGCACAUCCGUCAGCAAUGGACAAGAUUUACACAGACCCUGCUGUGGAAAAUGAUAACACGGAGCACAUCAGGAGGAAGCGACUGUCCUCCAUUUUAAAGGCUCCACGAAAUCCUCUGGAUGAUCUGGGAAAUGGGAACGAAAUGACCCAGGACAUCCACGUAGAGAGGCGCAGGAGGAGCUCGCGCAGGGUCAGCUUCGCCAACACCAUCAACUGCAGAGUCUUCCAGCAAGAUCUUAAGAACAGCGCAUCAGAAACAGAAAAUACAGGGCAUUCAGCAGAUGAGAAGGAUGAUACCUUGACCAAUCAGAAUGAAGACCUGGGGUCUGUUUCUUGUGAGAUCACUGGGAUGAACACUUUGCUUCAUGCCCCCAUCCAGGUCUUGGGGCAGCCAACUGAGUGGCAUGAUGUGGACCACACCGCUCCAAGGAUGGACAGGCAGGACACCACCCUCCUCUUCUCAGAGGAGAAUGAGAUGGAGAUGACAGCCAGUCACACAGCCAUUAUCUCACGGAACCUCAGAGCCCAGCAGCCUGACAGAACCGAGAAAAUAGACUUCACCUCCUUCCUGGCUAAGUUAAACUCCAGCCAGGGGAAGGUAGAAACCAGCAAGGAAUUGAGAUUGCUCUCUGACCCCACAAACCAUCCAGGCCCCUCUUUGGAACAGAAAGAGGAAGCCACUACUGUGAAAAAAAUAGAUUUCAAUGAAUUUCUGCUGAGGCUGAAGUCAAACAAUCCUGCUGAGAGACCUGACAAGGACAGUGUUUGCUGUGUCCCUUCCCAAGGCUCGGGAGAUGUGACACAACCUUCCGGGGAAUUUGGCUAUUCCCAUGAGCUGCUGGACGCCUGCAAUGUGACAAAAGUGUUUCGAGGCCGAGAAGGUGGGAUGGAGAUGACAAAAUGUGAGGCAGCUGAUGUUAAAAUUCCAUUCCCUGGCGUCAGUGAGGUUCCACCAGAGCGGUGGGAGUGUGCGGAUGUUACCGAGGCAUUUGCAGACGAGGGCAUGGACGUGACAACCAGUCACACCGCAAAAGUGUCCUUUGCCCUCUCCACUGUCGGGAACCAAAGUCUCAACUUCCAAAAGGAUUUCCCACCCACAGAGUCAGAUAGUUCUGUGUUCAUGAGAGCAUCUAAUCACGACUUAAGUGUUCAGCAGGACCCUCAGCUUUGUGCAGACAGAAAAACAGCAAAUGCUGAAGGCAGAGGAGAGCAGCGAGCUGGGAAACAGGAGGCCGGGACAUUGUCUGCCAUCCAGGGAUCCGUUUUGUCUGAGACCGUCUUCCGAGGGGACAAAACCGUUGUGUUUUCCAAGUGUGAUGACAUGGAGAUGACUGGGAAUUACACAGACAUCAUCUAUAAUGCUAGCACCACAGAAAAGGACAGUUUGUGCCAUAAAACCUGUGAAAAGCCAGUGAGUACCAACCCUCCGCUCGCAGGGAGCAGAUCCCUGGCAUGUGGCACCAUCCCAAAGGGUCUGGCACCUGGAGAUGAUCCUACUGCUGGGCCCUCUAAAAUCAGUGCACUUGACCUGCCUUCAGCCCCAGGUGGACUCGUGGAAGAAGUGUCCCAAACUUGUGGUCCUGCUGCAGCCAGCGCUGGGUUUGGCUCAUACACACAUCUGGUGGCUGGCAGGUUUGAUCCCUCUGCAAACACCCAGCUCGUUUUUCCAGGUGAGAAGACAGUAAUAUUCGCAGAAGACGACAUGAACUUGGCUAAAACCUGUGUUAAGGAUGGUGGAAUGAGUGUUGGUAAUGAACAUCCCAGUGCAGUGUUCACCUCUGUCACCUGCAAACCUCAUUUCCUGGGUAACAGAUCUGCUUUUUCCAAUGUAACUGAGCAGGAAGAAAUGGAAAUAACAAGAUGCCACACUGUUUUCUUUGAUGGUCAAAGCAGUGGGGUAGCAGCAGAACCGAAACAAAUGCUCUGUAAAAUCAUUCCAAGAAAGAGCCAGAACAAAAAUGUCACUGAAGGUGACAUAUCUGCAUAUUCUGUAGAUAUGGACAAGGAAAAUGUUGAAGUGAGGAAUAUUGAUGGGAAUAUUAAAAAGAGCCAGGCUAUGGAAAGGAAUGCUCAAGAUAUUCGGAUGAUAAUGGUUGAUAAGAAGCUUGGAAAAACCAACUUCCAAGCAAGUGGUCUGAGUUCCUGUGCUAAGAGCAUGUGUUUGUUACAAGAGCAAAACAGGGGAGUCCCUGAGAAUGUUGUCACUAACACCAGUGCAUCCCUGUCUUUACAAAGCCAAGAAGUUGUAUCACAAUCUCUGGGAAAAAACCUUCCAAGCCUCUCAGAUUUCUCCACAAAUGACACAACAGGCAUGUUUUUAUGUGAUCAAAGCAUGGACAUAACCAAAGCUCAUCCUGCUGCUUUUGAGAUUGCUCCUAUUAACACAGAACAAGAAUCCAGUAAUUACAAUCAAAACACUGCACUAUCCAAGCAGCUGCAGAACCAGCCCUUCCCAUUUUCCAGUCGUUGUGAUGUGGGUAUCGUGAGUCAAACUGCGACAAAGGAAUGUGGGGACUUGAAAAUGAGCACCAAUAAGCAAAUUGUUACUGCUUUGGCUCCAAGUGGUUCAUUUACUUUCAGUAACAAUCCUGCUCCCCCUGGAAUGAGAGGAAAUGAACAGUUUGGGACAGGAAUAAAUGCAGAUGGCCAAAACUCAGAGAGGCAAGAGAAACCCCAGCCUGUGAGGGCAGUAAGCAAAAUAUUGCCAACCCGAGGAGACUCUGACAGACAUUUUUCCAUGGGUAAAACAGGUUCUUUGAGAAAGGAUUUAAAAACUCCUCCCUCAGCUCAUGGGCUGCUCCAGAGGGGUGCAGAAGAACCAGUGUGGGCCAGGACAUCUGAGGCACCCAAGGGAAGUUCCCAGUUGUCUGGAGAAAAGUCUGUUGUGUUUCCCCACAGUGAAAACACGGGCGUGAUUGGCAGGUGUGUGACGAUGGUUCCAGAUUACAACAUCAACAUUUUUUUGUCACAAAACCAAGAAGCACCUGGAUACUUUGGUCAAGGGGGAGAUGAAACUCUGUCCUUAGAAAAAGGGGCCACAACGACAAUGCCGGCGGAGCUGAGCGGGCGAGAGGCUGCAGGUGGCAGAACCAUCAGUUUUGCUCCGGCUGAGGAUAUGGAAACCACCACAAUUCACACAGCACAGCACAUACAGCCCAUCCCAGCCAUUCCUGCUGACAAAACCAUCGUGUUUGCCCACGACCAGGAGGACAUGGACAUCACUGCAUCCCACACUGUUGCUGUCAGUAAGAGCAUCCGUGGGUUUGAGGCCCAGCAGGUGCCCCACACAAAUGCCCAGCAGCCACCACAGCACAUGCACAGAGGGUUGGUGCCCUGCAGAGGUGAUAUGGAUUCCUCACAAUGUGCCACAAAACCUAAGGAUAAGGCCAGCAUUCCCUCUUCUGCUUCAUCAGACACAGCAUUUCCUAGUGAGAAAGGAGCUACCCAGCUCCCCGGUGGCACAACACCACAUUCUGUUUAUUCUGUCUCCCUUCAAAAAAGUACUGUGGAUGUGGGGGCACCACAGGAUCACGGCCCUCCCACAGAUAAUUCUGUCCCUGUAAGCAGGGAGCAGGAUCUGACACCACCAGAAAAACUGCAGUCAAAGGGAGUAUCCUUUGAGUUCCCAAGUAAGGGCCCUGUGGAUCACAGGGAAGAAAGUGGCAGCUCGGGAUCCUGUGUUGCUUUUCCCAUGCAGGGAUCAGAUCCUUGGAAGGGUCAUCCAGAUUCCCCUAGCACUCAGAGAAACCAGAUAGUGGAAGAGGAUUCAUCUCGAUGUGGAGAUUCAGAUUUGGGCUUGGCUGGAGCAAACCCCAUUCCAGGUGCUAACAAGGAAUCCAAGAAAAAUGAGGAGCUGUCAGGUGAAGGGGAGGCGCCACCAAAAGACUUUCAAAUAAACUCUGAACCAACUGGGCAACCUUUGGUCUGUGACAGUUCAGGGGAUCAGGCACAUCCCACUCUUCCACCAGCAUCUUCAGGUAUUUUAGGUGUUUGUUCAAAACUGAUAGGUUUGUCAAGGAAAUCUGUUUCUCUUUCCAAAACUGCUUCUUCUGACCUGUUGCCCAGUUCCUCAGCUCAGCCAGAGGAUACCCUGAGGUUGGGAAAAAACACUGUCAAUGAAGCUAAUAACUUCUCUGAUCCCAAAAAACAGGAAAACACAGGUCUGGAAUCUGGAGCUGAUCCUAUAGGAAUGGUGCCUAAGGAUAAAUAUCCAGGAAUAAAUAUCCCUCUGGGUAUAUUCCAGCCUAAACUACCAAACAGAAAUCGUGUUUCUAGUGCACAAGACGUAAAUACAAAAUCAGACAGAGUAGAAGCCUCAGUUCCAGGAAACACCAGUGAAACCCCAGGUAACAAGUCCAGCAGGCAGAACUUCAGUCCUUUUCAGUUCAUAGCAGAAGAAUUUCUCCCUGUGUGCCUGGAGGAAAUGGAUUCCAAUGAAUCUGUCAGCUCCGAACUCAUGGAAGAUGCUUGGGAUGAUAAAAAUAAAAACCAAACCCCCCACUCUGAAAAGGCUCCUUUUGAGGAGACAAAAACUUGCAACGUAAAAAGAGCUUUAGGACAAACUGGGGAAGAUCUUCAAAACCCAAAGAAGGCCAGGAGGGAUCAACAUGUGGAUGCUGGGGCCUCUCAAGACUUGGAGGUGACUCUUGAUGUUAUGCCUGAGGACCGAGCAGAAGUUGAUAAAGCUGGAGAACCUCCAAGUCGCUCAGUUAAAAGCUCUGAGUGUCCUCAUCCCAACACCAGCAGCUCCCUGGAUUCUGUGAAGGCUGACAUAGAAUCAACAAUCCAUCGCAGCAGUCAUGUGGAGUCCCAGCUUCUCACGGACAGCAUUUGUGAAGAAAAUUUAUGGGAGAAAUUCCAGAAUGGUGCUAUCACAGUUGGGGAGUUUUUUACUCUUCUUCAAGUCCAUGUUGUGAUUCAGAAGCCCAGGCACAGCCAGCUUCCAGCCAAUUGUGCAGUUAGUGCACCUCCCACUGCAGAAGAUCUCAUCUACAGCCAGUAUGUGCACCGGCCCAAGCUGAGGAUUUAUGAGGAGGAUUGCCAGGACCUGUCUCAGAAAAUAGCGGAGUUAAAACCACAUGUGACUGUCCUGGAUCAGCCCUUGGUGAACGUGAUCAGGAGUUUGUGGGAAGUAAUGAGAACCUGCACUGAUGAAGAGCUGAGUAAGUUUGGAGCAGAACUGAACAAGAUGAAAUCCUGUUUCACCAAAGAGGCUAAAAUCUUAUCUCACAGUGAGAAGGAGACAUUGUACAGGAAACUGCUACAGAGUGCUGAGGUAAAGAACCACAGGGUUGCAGGCAUUUACCUUUAAAAAAUCACUUCUACCACAUUUAUUGUCUUUAAAU